AUGAAUAUCUAUAUUUUUUUUUUGUUUUUGUAUAGUGGUAGUAUAUGUGCUAUCCAUUUAUGGAAACAUUCGGAAUGGAGAGGACGGAAUGUGUUAGGUCGAGGGAAAUGCAGGAAUAAUGAUGAUAUGUUAUGGUUAGAGUUAAUAAAAAAAAAAAAUAAAAAAAAUAACAAUAAUAAUAAUAUUAUUAGUAGUAGUAGUAGUUGUUGUUGUUGUAUAUAUAAUGAUAAGUACUAUUUCCUUUUUGGGAAUAAGAAGAUAGAUAAUAAUUAUAAGAGGAGAAAAAAGAAAGAGAAGUAUAAUUCUAAGAAAAGAUUGAAGAGUUUAAAUAACGAAUGUGGUUUUUCUAAUACAUAUCAUAAUGAUGUAAAAAAAAAUACAUUAGAUUAUUGUGAAGAAAGAUUAGCAUCAUAUCAUAGAUAUAUAGAUAAUUUAAAAACUCGUAAAAUUAUUCAUCCAAGUAUAAGAAUCAGAAAUUUAGAUAAGAAGUUUAUGAAAUGUAAAGAAAGUUAUAAUAAAUUAUAUUCCCAUUUAAAAGAAAAUGAUUUGUUUGAAAAUUUUUCAUAUGUUGGUAGACAAAAAAAAGGAAUAUUAUCUCCUACAUAUCGUUUACCUAAAUAUAUUGAGAGACCUAAUUAUCAUAGAACAGGAACUCCAAUAUAUGUACCAUAUGAUAAGGGAAAAAAAAAUAAUAACACGAAUAGUGAUCAUAAUAAUAGAUAUGAUAAUUAUAAUUAUUAUGAUAAUAUAAAGAGUGAUAAAGAUAUCGAAAUUAUAAAAGAAAAUUGUAAAUUUGCGAGAGAACUAAUGGAUGAUGUAUCUUAUAUAAUAUGUGAAGGGAUAACAACAAAUGAUAUAGAUAUAUAUAUUUUAAACAAAUGUAUUAAUAAUGGUUUUUAUCCAUCACCUUUAAAUUAUCAUAAUUUCCCCAAAAGUUCUUGUAUUUCUAUUAAUGAAAUUUUAUGUCAUGGUAUACCAGAUAAUAAUUUAUUAUAUUUAAACGAUGUUGUUAAAAUAGAUAUUAGUUUAUUUAGGAAUGGAUAUCAUGCAGAUAUGUGUGAGAGUUUUAUUGUACCCAAAUUAAGUAAAAGCGAAAAAAAAAAAAGAAAAAAAUUUUAUGAUUUUAUUUAUUUAAAUAAUUCAUUCAAAACAAAAUAUACCAAAUAUAUUUUAAAAUAUCAUUAUGAUUUAACAAAAAAUAAAAUUGUCAGAAGAGGAAAAUCGUUUGUCACAAAAAAAAUUAAAUAUGCUGCCCCAAACUCAAAAGAACAAAAUAAUGACCUAUCUAAUAACGACUUUGAUGAUAACACAACAAAUGUAAUGAACAUAUCUCAAAGUAAAUAUUUUAAUGAUAUGUAUGAAGAUCAAAUGCAAACACAUACAAAUAUGCACACACAUACAAAUAUGCAAACACAUACACAUAAUAGGAACAAUUCUUAUUAUACAAAUAAUCCAAUUCAUAAUGAUGACAAAAAUGCAUUUAAUAUGUUAAACAAUGCUUUGCAACAAGAAGAAGAUGAGCUUGAAUAUUUCCAUAAAUAUUAUGACCAAAAAAUCAUUUUUAAUAAAGAGAAUAAUGAAAUUUAUGAAGACAUCCAGAAAUUUAUAUACCAAAAAAGUUUAAAUAAAACAAUAGGAAAAAAAAGAUUUGAUUUUUUCGAUAAUACAAAAAUGAAUACAAAUGAUAUUAAAAAUUUCAUGUAUGAAAAAAAUUUGGAUUUAAUAAAAACAGCAUAUGAAUGUACUAUGGCAGGAAUUAGUGUAUGUAAAGAUGGAACACCUUUUAACAAAAUAGCUGAAGCAAUGGAUAAUUAUAUUAAACAAGUAAAUAAAAAAAAUAAUAAAACAUAUUCUAUAGUACCACAUUUGUGUGGUCAUAAUAUAGGAAAAAACUUUCAUGAAGAACCAUAUAUUAUACAUACAUUAAAUAACGAUCAAAGAAAAAUGUGUUCAAAUAUGGUAUUUACAAUAGAACCAAUAAUAUCCGAAUCUUCUACUAAUUUUAUUCUAUGGCCAGAUAACUGGACUAUCUCCAAUACAAAAUAUCAUUUUUCUGCUCAAUUCGAACAUACCAUUUUAAUACAAAAAAACGGAGCACAAAUUCUAACAGACAAAAGGGAUAUAUCUCCAAAAUAUUUGUGGCAGCAAAUUCAUUAA